AUGCCUGCCUUGCCUUCACCUUACGCCAAAGGUGGGAGCAUAGUGUCAAUGCCUGUGGUGCCGGCCGUCCCUGCAGGGCCGGUUAAGUCGUCUUCAGGAAAGCUUGAAUCACUCAGGCUUGCAGGAGUGAGGGUCCCGAGUGCGCCGGGGCAGAGCUGGGAUCAAAAACUCUCCGAAGCAAGGGAGGCGGCUUUGGCAAAGUGGCUUGGGAUUCUUGAGAGGUUCCCCGAGGAUUUUGGUUUGACUUUGUCGAUUCGGUUAGACCGGGAAAAUGGGCGAGGUGCCGACUUGAAGACCUCAUUGCAAGAUGUGUUUUCUCAGAAGGCGAGCGUCACAAUCUCAGGUCGUGCCGGGCCUCUAGCCAGGUACGUCAAGCAUUGCCGAGGUCGCCAGGUCAAUCCUUUCCCUGUCACUGAAGCCGGGGUCUAUGCUUUCCUUCAAGACUAUGCAUCACACGAGGCGCCCACUUUCGCAAGGAGCUUCUUGAGCAGCCUCGCUUUUGCAAAGUUCACUGUGAGCUUGAAGGUGAGUGAUGAAGUCUUUAGCCCCAGGGUCCGUGGGCUGUCGUCGAAGCUAUAUCUUGACAAGAGAAAGACUCGACAGAAGCCAGCUCUUAAAGUUGAUCAUGUGCGCAAGUUGGAAGCCAUUGCAUCUGGUUCGAUCGAUCUUGAACCCGCAGAUCGGGUCGCUGCCGGCUUCUUUGUUUGGACCCUUUACGCCCGAGCGAGGUACUCAGAUGCCCAGGCUGCAGGUGCAAUGACUUGCGACUUGAGUGAUACCCCAGAUGGCGUUGUGGGAUACCUUGAGGCUGCUGUUGAGCGAAGCAAAACUUCGUUCUCACUGGAAAGAAAGGUCAGGUAUUUGCACAUGUUCGCUCCCAUCCAGGGAAUAGGCGAGGUGCCCUGGGGUGUUAAGUGGUUUGAGUUCUAUAAAGUGCAUGGACCUCCUUUGGGGACGGGUAAGCCCUUGCUUCCGAGUCCGCUCUCUGGAGGAGGGUGGCAAACGGCGCCGUUGGCGGUGGCAAGUGCCACGAAAUGGAUGAAGUCACUCUUGAUCCGUGCAGGAUGCGACAGGUCUUCCGUUGAACCGCUUGGGACGCACAGUCUCAAGGCGACGACCUUGAGUUGGAGCGCCAAAUUCGGAUUAGCCCGCGAGGUGAGGGCGGCCCUUGGUUAUCACGCCAGGGGCCGUGAUGGAACCGAGAUCAUCUAUGGGUCCAGUUACUUCGUGAAGCGCUUUGAAGAUCCGGAGGGGAUGCCCAUUCCUCCUGACGAGGUUCUGUCGGAUUCUUCUUCCGAGGCUAGCGAGGAUGCCGAGGAUGUCGAUCAUGAAGCUGCGGAGGCCGCCGCCGAUGAGUUGGGGAGGCAAUGGGAGCCCGAUGCAGGCUUGCGGGCCGAGCUUGAGGCAGUCCCUUUGUUCAGGAAUAAAGACAGCCGUUUCAUUCAUGCAGUCGCGUCCGAGGAAGGCGACAAGUUCAGAUGUGGCAGGAGCCGAGGAGAUGCUGUAGAAAAGAAGGAACAUGCUGACAUACUUCAUGUGACUUUUAAGCGGAUUGCUAGCCGGGUCCUUCUCCUGAAGAUGGCGAACUAUUCUGAGAGCCAGUCGGUUCUGCAGUCACGAUUGAGCGUCGUGGGUUUCGCGGAAGGAGAUGUCUUGAAGAUUCUGCCUGAGGUGGGAAACUUGAGGAGGCUGGCUUUCAUUUCUUCUUUCACCCCUGGCCAGACAGACGAGGAGCCUUUGAUGCGGGUGUUGAAGGAUACCCUGAAACGAGAUCUGACAAUCGCAGACAAGGCCAAUUGGCGUGCGGUGUACAAUGAGGCUUAUGCCAUUGUGACCGCAGAAAUGAAGCAGCGGAUCGAGAAGGCCGAUCCCGAGUCGACUGUCAGGCCAUUGUCGCAGCCUGAGAGGUCUAAGCGUUACGAGCGGCAGGCAAAGAAGCUUGUCGGAAUUUCGCUAAAGGGGCCUCUGGAGCCUGCCGAUGCACUUGUCGACCUUGCUGUAGCCUCCUACGAGGCGAAUGAGCUCAGGUACAUUCCGUGGGACCGGUGUGUGUCAAAGGAAGCUGAAUUGGCUGGCGAGAAGAAGCGAGAUGUUAGGUUCACGGUCGAAGAGUCCUCUGGCAAGCUUCGGAUUGAGCAUAAGCAGCCUGACUUGGUUGCGGAUACUUCAUCAGAGAUUCUUGUUCAGCAGGCCCUCACGAGGAGGUCUCUGGCUAUGGACCAGGCAAACCUGAUCGAUUUCAGUUUCAGUGUCUCCGACCAAUGGACUCAGCGCUUGAUGAAGGCUCGCAUGCAGACGCCUGCGGAGCAUUUUGUCAGGCCCACUUGGAAGCAGCCUGAGUCGGCGGAUCGGCAGCUGUUUGCCGAGCUUCGUGAUAAGACCAGGGCAGGAGUGCAGACCGUCGCAUCGGGUCGCCCGUUGGACACACUUCUGCCGGAUGCGAUGUACAUGAACGAGGUGUCAUGCUUAUUGCAACCUUUUCCGGCCCCUGUCCUAAAGGAUGUUCCCCAGAAGCCGGAUGCUCCCAAGUGGGAGAGGCCAUCUCCUUACACCAAAGGUGGGGGCAAAGGAAAGAAAGGUAAGCAGAGGUUCAUGACAAGGUUGCCCGCCGGCUUGGAAGGCUGCAGGUCCCACACUAAUCGUGGGGAUCCAAUCUGCUUUGCCUUCAACCUGGUAGGCUGCUCGACGAAGGGGCAGAAGUGCGAGAAGGGCUUGCACAUUUGUGCAGUGCCUAAGUGCGGUGCUCAUAACCAUGGUGCAGCGCAGUGCCCAAAGCGGGCUCAGGGACCGCACAGGUGGAUGAUCUUCGAGAGGGAGUUCAUCGGUGUUGAUCGAGAGGAUCAUCACGUGCACAACGUUGGCUCUCACAGUGCCAUCGCCAGGCCAUCACCAGGUGUGGUGGAGGCCGCACGCAGCAGGUCCCCGAAGCCCCGUGACGGGGCGGCGUCACAGAGCGGCACAGCGAGCUCUUCACUUGACGAGGGUCAUGUGAGUGCCACCGAUGUUCUGCGAGUUUUCGAUGGUCUUCCUUCGGAUGCCUUGAAGAGGGGUGCCGAUGCACCUCUCCCAACUUCGAAAUCUUAUGCCACGGGAGCGUAUGUUGCCAAUGCCUCAGCCAAUCCGGAGGUGGAGCCAUCUUUGUGGAGCAUGAAAACGGACGGGAUGUAUCCGACCUUAAUGGUGCCCGAGGCUCUCGCUUGCAGGUUGCAAAGGGCCCUGUCCGAUUCAAUGCCAGACACAAUUGGCACUACACCGAGGAACAUCUUGACUUUCUCCGCAAGUGUCAUGUUGAUGUUCCGGAAUGCGCGCCCGAAGGAUUGUUUUAAGGCUACUUUUAGCGCCGGGCAAACCAUUCGCCUCGCCAAGCUCUUGCUCGCAUCUGAUUCGCAUUGGAGUGUCUUGCAUCCCCUGGCGUCAGCCCUGUGGAAACAGCUAGACUUGCCCGACAGCCUCCAUUGCGUAGACUUCUGUGCAGGUUGCUACGGGGCUCCCUGUCCGGUAAAAAUGCGCCUGUGCACAACCCAGGCCGCGUUGGCUGGCAUGCCCGUGCCAGCGUGUCGUUGUCGCCCCGGGCCCCAUGCUGCGGGCUCGCUUGCGCCAGAUGUCUUGUACACACCCAAAUUCUGUGAUGUGUUUGCUGGCCUCCUGCAGCUGGCGGUUGGCCAGUCUGGCCUCUUACUUGAGCACGCUGUUCCACUGCAGAGUUCGCGACAUUCUGCCGUCGCAGCCGCUGGGCGGCAGCCUCGAUUGUCAAAAUUCCAGCCGCAGAUCGCCGAGUUUAAGUGCCAGGCCACGGUCCGUGAGUUCCCGUGGCCCCUUCCUUUGGAUAAUAAAGGCAAUCUCACAUGUGCCAUAGGGUCCAUCCCUCCUGGCUCCCGCCUUCUUCGCGUUGUGUGUGAUCGGGGGGUCGUCGAACAGGUCGGAAGCCUGUCAGGUGUGCCUUCAGCAGUUACCUUUGGCAUUUACCGCACGGAACACGAGUUUGUGGCUCAGGCAUUGCAUAUCGAUCAUCCCUUCGACUUGUGCGUGGCAGUCCCAGACUUCAUGUUGAGAGCGUUGGCUUUUACCUUGAAAGAGGGCCCGGUUGGUGUGAUGAAACACCGCCUGAAUUUGCUCCAGCAGUGGACUUCUUGGAAACGCGAUUUGGCUGGUGCCGAAGCAAAUCUGCAUGCUGCCAUGGAUCCUGGUGUAGCCUCUGUUAUGAAGGGCAAGAAUAUUUUGCUUUUGGAGAAGAUUGCAUCAACUUUCAGUUGGCCUGACACUGAAGUCUUCGAACACCUCAAGCAUGGGUUUCCUUUAGUGGGGGAGUCGAGUCCUUCUGGCAUUUUCGAUGUGGAUAGAAAACCGGCUCUGAUGACAAGGGCAGAGCUUGUGCAGCAUGCUAAAUUCCUUAGGCCUGCGCUGUGGGCGAAGGUGGCGAACGCGGAGGUGGACGAUUUAGCUCGGGAAGUGUGGGACUCCACACAGCAAGAGAUGCUAGUCAAGGAGUGGCUGACAGGGCCUUACUCGUGGGACGAGCUGCAAGCCCGUCAUCCAGAAGGCUGGCUUCCGGUGCGGAGGUUCGGCAUUGUGCAAAAAGCCAAGACGCGGUCGAUUGACGAUUUGGCCGAGAACUCUGUAAACUGCGCUUAUGCUGUUUCCGAUCGGAUUUCUUUGAGGGCCCUUGAUGAAUUGGUCUGGCUUGCGAUCACCCUCUUCAAGAUCUUCAUUGCAAAAGGCGAGGUGAGCAUCCCUUUGUCGGACGGUGACCAUCUUCGCUUUCCGGUGCAUUCUUUUUGGAGGGCCCUGAAGCCCGAUGCGCUUCAGCCGAGCUUGAAAACAGUGGACUUGAAAAGUGCUUAUAAACAGUUGGCGGCUUCUCCACGAGACCGCUGUCUGAGCAUAGUGGCCAUCAAGGACCCGGUUUCGGGGCUUGCGUUUGGCUUCGAGAGCCGAACCCUUCUGUUUGGAGCCACCUCGUCGGUGGUUUCAUUCAAUCGCGUUGCAAGACUGCUCCAAAGGGUUCUGAUUGCGUUGCAGGUGCUCGCCUGCAACUACUUCGACGAUUACCCGGUGUUAGAGGUCUUGCCGCUCUGUAACAACACGCAGUCGACUAUCAAAGCCGCGUUGGACCUGCUGGGUUUCGCCUGGGCAGAAGAUAAGGAUCUUCCCUUCAGCCAUGAGGCCGAACUUCUAGGCCAGGUUCUAGGCGUUCGGGUUGACCUUGGUAGCUUUGGGGUAGUUAAGAUUGGGAAUAAGCCCGAACGUGCUACUGCCAUUGCUGAGGCGGUGGACUCCGUCUUGAGUGUGGGCCAUCUUGAUCCGAAGACUCUGCCGUCUUUGUUCGGUCGCCUCCAGUUUGCCGAGGGUCAGCUUCACGGGCGAUUGGGCAGAUUGGCACUGGCCGACCUUAGGGCGUGCACGAUGAGUUCUCAGGCCAAAGCCCUUGAUGCCACGGCUGCGCAGGCCCUUUGUAAUCUUAGGUCCCGGGUUCUUGGGGGUACCCCUAGGAUAGUCCCGGCCUGUGUGGGGUCUCGCCGCUCUGUGAUUUUCACAGAUGGAGCGUAUGAGCCGACGAAUGAAACUCACCCUGCCACUGUCGGAGGAGUCUUGUACCAUUUCGACAACGGCGCGUGGUGCACUUUCUUCUUUGCAUGUGCUAUCCCUUUGAGCGUUGUACAGAGCUGGGAGGCUCUCGGGAAAAGGCAUUUGAUAGGCCCAGUUGAGAUGUAUGCAGUGGUAUGUGCGAGAGAAGCGUGGUCGAAGCACUUGAACAUGCAGAGGGUGACCAUGUAUGUGGAUCACUCCGGGGUGUUGGCCUCUUUGGUGAAAGGCUCUUCAAAAGACCCUUUGUGGAGGCAACUCUUGCUGAUCUUUGAGAGCUGCGACGCUGAGGCGAACAAGGUCCUCAGCCUCGACAACAAGAACCCCAAGAAGAAGCAUGUGAUAAAGGAGAUUACCCCAGCGGAUGUUAUCAACGUCACGAGCUACCUCAAGAAGACGAACGCGUACUCCGAGUUCUACAAGAACAGAAGAAAAGGAAGAAGCCUUGAGCCCGUCGUGAGCUACGUCGUGCGCACGUGUUUCGAGAAGGAAGUUGCACAGGAAAGUGAUCUACACCAGAGAAUCGAAGUUAUCCUGGACUCUGGCGCAGACGACGCACAAGGAAAGGCAAUAAAGACGGAAGGCAGAAGGAUGCUGAACUUAACGUUCUUCGAUGACAACGGAAGCUUUUGUCGCAUUCAGGAAGCCUUCACCGUUGCCUCGGUGAUCAACCCGCUGAUGGCCAUAGGCAAGCUGUUUCGAGAAGGUUGGGAGUUGCGAGUUAACGAAGAAGAAGGUAUGUGUCUUACAGAUGGAAGCUCAAGAAUACCAGUGCAUCUCCACAAGAACAGCUUGGCAGCCUACGCCUACGUACAAACUCCUUCAAGAAGCAGAGGUUACAGCAGCAGCAACUACAAGAUGGUUCGCACUGUUGUCCAACUCAACAAGCACGUUCAGGAAGCAGUGAACAAAGAAGAACCUGGUUGGCACAACACUGACAGCAUGGUGAUCGUGAAGUAUGCUACUCAAAGCAGCUAUGAGAACCCAUCUCUCAUGUAUAGUCCUACACACUUUCCGUACAGAAGCACUUUGGUGAAAGAAGAGAGAGGAUGGAGAGCAGUCGAAGUUUCGAGAAAGUACUCCGAGAAGGCAGACCCUUUUGAAGAGUUUGGUGAAGGAGAAAAGGAAGUGGUUACAGCUAUUUCAGCAAAGCCAAUUCCACUUUGGAUUCUUGGCACUCCUUACGCAGCUGGAGAUCGAGCAGACCAAGAAAGCCAUGGUCGUGACUACUGGAAGAUGGAUCUUGAGAAGGGAGAAGUUGUUCGUCACCACGUAGUACCAAGAACUGUUUUGUUCGACCCGACAGGUGUUUCCAACUGUCCUGUCCUCCUUGGAGACCUCGAGAACAGCAGAUAUACCCAAGGAGACUGUAUCUACAGUACAGAAAUCUACGAACAUAGCGACGACUGGAGAGCAGACCGCCUACCUCUACGUGAACACUUUCGGUUGCCGUGGUUUGGUCAAACAAGGUUUCGAGUUAAGCCAGGAGUUGUUGAAGACCUGAAGGCAGAAGCUGCAGCAGAGGAGCUCAAAAAGAAGAAAGAAGAGCACUACCAAGAGAAGGAAGACUCAGCAGCACCACCAGCAGCAGAAGAGAGCAAAGAUGAGGAGAUGAGAGAAGCACAAGCAGACCAAGAAGCACCACAAGAAGUUGUUGAAGUUUUGGAGGAAAGCUUCUACCACGAAGGCGUCGAGUACACAGCACAAAGAAGCAGCCUCAAAGAACUACAAGCACUUUGCAGAGAGUACGGAGUCAAGACCACAGGAAGCAAGAAGCAGCUCUUGAAGAGACUCGCCACAGCAGUCAGAGAAGAAAGGCUCAACACACAACACAAGGAGCAACGGGAACACCACCAAGCAUACCACCUAGCACCACCACAGGAACCAACGGAAGAGGAGAGAGCGUACCACAACUUGACGCACCUUCCGUAUCAGCCUUGGUGUCCCCAUUGCGUUGCUAUGAAAGCACGAGAAGACAACCACAAGAAAGGAUUGAGCAAGCCAAGCAGCUCUACGGAUUCCGCGAAGCCCGUCAUCAGUUUUGACUUUUGCUAUACAAGCACCACAGGAAGUGAAGAGCCACCUGCAGUGACUCUUGUCGCUGUGGACAGCUGGAGUAAGGCAGUCUUGGCAGUGCCCUGCAAGAGGAAAGGAGGAGCAGGAAGCACAACGCACCUCGCGGAAGCACUCGUGCAGUUUACCACGUUGAUGAUGACACCCUUUUGGAGGAACUCAGAGCAGGUGAACCACUCACAGCCUCAGCAGAAGCACUUGCAGCACCAGCUGAACCAAGUCAACAGAGCAGAGGAAACAGACGGUUACCUCAACAUGCCUCACGAUGAUGAAGUCUACGAAGCAGAUGAUGAGUUUUUGUAUGAGUCGGAAGAAGAAGAAGAGGAGACAGAGAGUGAACCAACGGAAGUUUUUACCAAGGUCCCCGUCGAGUUCUUCGACGAGGAGAAAGGACCACCGAAUGUGGAUCCAGAUUUUCUUCAGAAGUUGGAUGAUGAAGCUACAGUCAAAGAAAUCAAGAGGUUAACAAAGAUGGGAGUUAUUUCUUUGGUUUCUACGGACCCUCAAGAAGCAACUGAGAACGUACCUCUGGUAGACUCAGAACAAGAACUUCACAAGUGGUUGACAACGAAGUUGGUGAAAGACUGGAGGUUCAGAGAAGCUACAGGUUUUGAAGUUGACGAAGCCACAGCAGGAGCAACAAAGCCCAAGCAGAUUCAAAGAAUUACGAAACUGGUACCCAUGUUGGCUCUCGCCAACAAUUGGGCGAUCUACAGUGUCGACGUGAAGGUGAACUACGACGUGGACUCCUUCGACGAGGCAAAGAAAGAAGUGACAGAGAAGGCAGAGAAGUUGAAGAAAGUUGAGGAAAGCCUGGAGAAGGAAAAGGAGGAGUUCGGAAACCAGAAGGCAGAGUUUGAGGAAACAGUGAAAAGGUUUUUGAAGAAGCAGAAGGAGGUGAAGGACAAGGAAGACAAAGUUACAGAGAGAGAAGAGAAGUUAGAGAAAGACCAAGAAACCCUCCAAGAGCAAGCCAAGGCCCUAAGCGAGAAGGAGACAGCCCUUGAAGAAGCUGAGGAGAACGUCAAAGCAAAGGAAGCAGAGGUUGAGAAGAAGAACAAAGAGGCAGAGAAAAGAGAGAGAAAAGCUCAGGAAAGAACCGUCGGCUACGACCAAGAGAGAGAAGAGUACGCCAAGAAGUACGUGGACGACGUAAAGAAGGACUUGGAGAGAGAGCUUAAAGUGCUAAAGCAAGAAGAGAAAGUAAGGAACCAAAAGCUCGACGACCUCCAGUACGACUACAAGAGCCUCAAGGACGACUACCAGUACUUCAAAACUUACUCGCAGGAAGUGGACGCACUUCUACUUGCAGCCAAGGACAGGAUCGUGAAGUACAAGAAGAAGGUCAAAAGCCUCAAAGAAACCAUAGGUGCAGUCUUGUCUGGAAGUGAAGGUGAAGAAGAGACAGACGAAGCGUACAAGACCAAAGCAGAGGAAGAGAAAGAGAAAGCAGAGGCUAAGGCAAAAGAAGAAGAGAAGAAGAAAGGAAAGAAGCCAAAGCAGGUAGAGACAGAAGACCCAGAAGAGAAGCCCUCAAGCAACCAAGGAGACGAGAACACCUUCGACCCGAACGACAUAGCCGAGUUCACGCAGCUUGGUUACGUGUGGGAGUUCAACAAGAAGACGCAAGAGUACCGCGCGAAGAGCGAAGACAAGAAAGGAAGCACAAGAAUCAAGAACGCUCCGGUGAAAGGCCGCCUCCUUUGGAACAAGGUGACAGAGUGCUACAGAAGGCACAACGUUUGGUUUACAGACGGAAAGGAAUUGGAUAAAUUCCUCGAGACCAAGGAGAACGAGAAGAUCGAGGAAGAGGUGCAGCGACGCAUCCACGCGAAGGGCAAGUACGACAACCAAGGAAUGAAGGGAAAAGGCCCUUCCUGGGACGACGGACAGAACGACAGUUGGUGGUACAACGAGCAGUGGAACAACGAGAACUGGAACACCACCGACGACGGCAGCAACUGGUACGAGAACGCGAACCCACAGAACAAAGGCUACUGGCAGACGCCAGAAGAGUGGGCGCAGCAGAACCAGUGGGAGCAGUGGACACCCAAAGGAAAGAGCAAAGGCAAGAAGUCCAAGAACUGGGUACAGACCCAGUGA